AUGACGUCACCGCGGCGGGCGGCCCGCGCGGGCCGUGACGUCACACGGGCGGGCCUGCCCGCCGUGAGGUCACCGGGAGGCGCGGGCACUGGCGCCGCGAACGCCGCUGCCGCCGCGGGGGCUGCAGCCGCGGGCGACGCCAAGAACGAAGCCCCCUGUGCCACGCCCCUGAUCUGCAGCUUCGGGAGGCCGGUGGACCUGGAGAAGGACGACUACCAGAAGGUGGUGUGCAACAACGAGCACUGCCCCUGCAGCACCUGGAUGCACCUGCAGUGCUUCUACGAGUGGGAGAGCAGCAUCCUCGUGCAGUUCAACUGCAUCGGCCGGGCGCGCAGCUGGAACGAGAAGCAGUGCCGCCAGAACAUGUGGACCAAGAAGGGCUAUGACCUGGCCUUCCGCUUCUGCUCCUGCCGCUGCGGCCAGGGCCACUUAAAGAAGGACACGGACUGGUACCAGGUGAAGCGGAUGCAGGACGAGAAGAAGAAGAAGUCUGGCUCGGAGAAGAACACAGGGAGGCCCCCUGGCGAGGCUGCAGAGGAGGCAAAAAAGUGCAGGCCCCCGAAUAAGCCCCAGAAAGGCCCGAGCCACGACCUGCCCCGGCGGCACUCCAUGGACCGGCAGAACUCCCAGGAGAAGGCGGGCGGCGCUGCGGCCUACGGCGCCCGCUCCCCGUGCGGCUCCCCGGGCCAGUCCCCGCCCACCGGCUAUUCCAUCCUGUCCCCCGCCCACUUCAGUGGGCCCCGCUCCUCGAGGUACCUCGGGGAGUUCUUAAAGAACGCCAUCCAUCUGGAGCCUCACAAGAAGGCCCUGGCCGGGAGCCACGUGUUCAGAAACGCCCACUUUGACUACAGCCCGGCCGGGCUGUCUGUUCACAGGGGGGGACACUUUGACGCCCCCGUGCAGUUCCUGCGCCGGCUGGACCUCUCCGAGCUCCUCGCUCACAUCCCCAGGCAUAAGUUGAACACUUUCCACGUGCGGAUGGAAGACGACGCCCAAGUGGGCCAGGGGGAGGAUCUGCGGAAGUUCAUUCUCGCAGCGCUCAGCGCCAGCCACAGGAACGUCGUGAACUGUGCGCUGUGCCACCGGGCGCUGCCGGUGUUCGAACAGUUCCCACUGGUGGACGGAACUCUGUUCUUAAGCCCGUCGAGACACGAUGAGAUCGAAUAUGAUGUUCCUUGUCACCUUCAAGGGAGACUCAUGCACCUGUAUGCAGUAUGUGUGGACUGCCUGGAAGGGGUUCACAAGAUCAUCUGUAUCAAGUGUAAGUCGCGAUGGGACGGUAGCUGGCACCAGCUGGGCACCAUGUACACCUAUGACAUCCUGGCCGCCUCUCCGUGCUGUCAGGCCCGCCUGAACUGUAAGCACUGCGGAAAGCCCGUGAUCGACGUGCGCAUCGGGAUGCAGUACUUCUCCGAGUAUAGCAACGUCCAGCAGUGUCCACACUGUGGGAACCUGGACUACCAUUUCGUGAAGCCAUUUUCCUCCUUCAAAGUUCUUGAAGCUUAUUGAUGAAAGCUUUGCUUUAGUAAUAGCUAUUUUAUUGAUAUUAUUACUUUAUUACAUAUCUUUUAUAGGGAAACAUUCUGUGACAUUGAUUUCUUUUCUAAUUUAAAGGAGAGUUACUUUAUGUAUGUGCGCCACUAAAACGCGGCUGCCCCUUGCCCUGUCUCGAUUCCUGAGUGUUAGUCUGUGGUUAUGACCAGAGCCCAGGUGGGGAGUCCUGUGAGUUCGGGUAGGGCUCACUCUCACUCAGAGUCUCUGAUGCAGCUUUAAGGUGAUGGGGGGAGGAUGGCAUGAGUUGAAGAAAGGGAUUAUGUGGUUGAAGACUAAAAGCAUGACAGGAGUUGGCAGAAAACUCUUACUAAAAUCUUAACUUUCUACAGACCCACUUUUAGAUCUUCCCUGGGCCUUGGGAAACGUGUGACAAGUGAAUGUAAGUGUCUGCCUGGAGAGCAAACAGUGUAUUAGUCCAUCUCGGCUUAGUGUCCUGCAGCACAUGCUGCCAUGCAGUUUACUCACACCAAUAGAUGGUUCGAAAUUGGCACAAGUGCUGUUUCUGUCACUGUUGUAAUUUAACAGUCAAUUUUUCAUGCUGAAAAUAACACCCAAAUUGUAACACAUACUAAAGAUACUGGUAUUGCAAAUAUUUUUAGGUAAGCUGACCUAUAACAGAGAAUAUAUGAAAUGAAUUUCUAAAUAAUGCAUACUGACUUGAGGGCACAGAGGCAGAGUUCUCUUAUUUGAAUUGUGUCUUUGAAGUUCGUCAGAAUAGCUCUUAAAGGGAAUCCAUGAAUAACAUGAUUUGGGCAGUGAUGAUUUAUACAAGUGACACCAUCAGUGCCAUUUGCUGUCAGAUUCUUCUGAGAGGUAAAUCUCACAGCCACAGAAUCUAACAGGUGAGUUUCAGAAGCAAAAAUUGCCAUAUUUAUUGUCCCCAGAUUUGCUAUUGCCACAUUUAGCCUAUUUGAUACUGAG